AAAUAUUCCCUGUAACUCGCAUUCUUGGAGUCUGGAGCCACUUUCACCAAAGUGUGGACACUCUAUUCAAGUUUUACCUUUGCGCGAGACACUCAGAGCGCACGAGCUCGUCUAACCCACCUGGGUCACCACCGCGCGAGCAGCCUUUCUCCUCAGGCUCGUGCAGCUCGGGUUUGUGGAGUUGGGACCGCUAAACAUCUUCGUCCGAAAGGGAAACGAGGAGAGGGGAGACGGAAGGGAGGCAGGAAUCACAGACAAGCCGAGCUGGACACACGCGUAACGUUAUUUUUGGGCGCCAAGCAAAGUAACGUUAACCGGAUAAAUGUAAACACCGUUUUUUAUCCUUCCUUUGGACAUGUUUCCGCUGCCGGAGAGGCUUGUUGUUUAGACUGUGUUGUGGAAAGAGGGAUAUCCCGACUGCUGUGUUGUAUCAUCUCCCUUUCUUUAUUGUUUGCUGUGGAAAUUACGGGAAGUUCUUGUUUCUAACUUCCGAGGAAACGUUAAAUGCAAAUACGGUGGGUGACUCCUGCUCUGGUUUAACAACUACACAGACUUGAGAGGCUGUUUUGUCCACAUUGUGUAGCAGCCUGUGCUGUUUGGUUCACUGAAAUGUGAGACACCAGUGAAGUCGCUACAUGACAAACCGCUGCACCCAGCUGUUUCAUUAGCCACCGCUGUAACCUCUCCAUUCACGCCUUUUUGGAUCGGAUAUGCGAAGCAAACUUUUUAAGAAUGAAGAGGAGAAAAUUCCCAUAGCACGCCUCUGUUGUCUGCUUACACCGCCGCCGUCCUCUCAACUGGAUCUGUGUUUUUAUUUGAGUCUUUCCCAGGGCUUCAUUUCCAUGUUGUGGAGACAGGAGAGCUGACAUGCGUCUGGGAUGGGGAUAUAGCGCGGUGACAUACAGUUGCGAAAUUGCCUGAUUAUCGAGCUGAUAGUGAAUGAUUAAGACUUCCGGAGCAGGUAGGGAACCGACCGUAGAGUGCCUGUGUGUGUGCUGUGAAGUCAGCCCGGUGUGAAGCAGCUCGAGGACUCGGUUUUACUUUUGCGAGGAGAGUCUCCGGAGCCGAUAUGGAGGAGUGGAGACAAUGCGGGCGGUGGUUGAUAGACUGCAAGGUCCUGCCCCCGAAUCACCGGGUCGUGUGGCCCUCGGCGGCCGUCUUCGACUUGGCACAGGCCCUGCGAGACGGGGUGCUCCUGUGCCAGAUGUUGCACAACCUCUCGCCCGGAUCAGUGGACCUGAAGGAGAUUAACUUCAGACCCCAGAUGUCACAGUUCCUGUGUUUGAAGAACAUCCGGACAUUCCUCAAGGUGUGCCAUGACAAGUUUGGCCUGCGCAACAGUGAGCUGUUUGACCCUUUUGACCUCUUCGAUGUCAGGGACUUCGGCAAGGUGAUCUCUGCUUUGUCAAGGAUCUCCCACCACAGCAUUGCACAAAUCAAAGGCAUCAGGCCCUUCCCAUCAGAAGACACAGCUCUGAACGAGGAUGAUGUGUACCGGAGUCUCGAGGAGCUCGCAGAUGAGCAUGACCUGGGUGAGGAUGACAUCUAUGACUGUGUGCCGUGUGAGGACGAUGGGGAUGAUAUCUAUGAGGACAUCAUUAAGGUGGAAGUACGACAACCCAUGAAAAUGGGUAUGUCAGAAGAUGACAAAAGAAACUGCUGCUUAGUGGAGAUCCAGGAGACUGAAGCAAAGUACUACAAGACUUUAGAGGACAUUGAAAAGAAUUACAUGAUCCCACUGAAGCAAGUCUUGAGUCCGCAGGACAUGGAGGCUAUCUUUGUCAAUCUUGAGGAAGUAAUAAAAGUCCACUUUGCCCUCCUGCGAGCCAUCGACCUGAACAUGGUUAGUGGAGGAAGCGGCCUGGGGAAGAUCUUCCUCGACUUCAAGGAAAGGUUGUUGAUCUAUGGUCAGUACUGCAGCCACAUGGAGAACGCCCAGAAGACACUGGAUGAGCUAAUAGCAACGCGAGAGGAUGUCAAGAUCAAAGUAGAGGAAUGUACUAUGAAGGUGCAGGAAGGGAAGUUCAAGCUGCAGGAUCUUCUGGUGGUUCCCAUGCAGAGGGUGCUGAAGUAUCACCUACUACUGAAGGAACUUUUGAGUCACUCAGCGGACCGACCAGAGAGACAACAACUCAAGGAGGCUCUGGAGGCUAUGCAGGACCUGGCCAUGUACAUCAAUGAAGUCAAGAGGGACAAUGAGACGCUGAAGAAAAUCAGUGAAUUCCAAAGUUCAAUAGAAAAUCUUCAGCAGGUGAAACUGGAGGAGUACGGUAGGCCAAAGAUAGACGGAGAGCUGAAGGUGUGCUCCAUCGUCAACCGAACGAAACAGGACCGGUAUAUAUUCCUGUUUGAUAAAGUGGUGAUUGUCUGCAAGAGGAAAGGCUAUAGCUAUGAGCUCAAAGAGAUUAUAGAACUGCAGUCGUACAAAAUGUCCGACGACCCCAUGAACAACAGAGACAUGAAAAAGUCAAGUGGAAAAAUGUGGUCGUACGGCUUUUACCUGAUCCACCUGCAAGGCAAGCAGGGCUUCCAGUUCUUUUGUAAAACUGAGGAGACAAAGAGGAAGUGGAUGGAGCAGUUUGAAAUGGCCAUGUCCAACAUCAAGCCAGAAAGAGCCACAGCCAAUCAGCAUAACUUCCAAAUGCACACAUUUGAUAAGGACACCAACUGUCGAGCCUGCAAGAUGCUCCUGAGGGGCAUCUUCUAUCAGGGCUAUUUCUGCUCUCGCUGUGGAACAGGAGCACACAAAGAGUGUCUGGAAGUCAUCACCAUCUGUAAAAUCAAUCCUCAUGACUUGGAACCUGGAAUAUCAUCAGGUCCCAAGAUGGUGGCAGUGAGGAACUACCAUGGCACACCGGCACCUCCAGGGAAGACACCGCUCUGUUUUCAAACUGGGGAUUUUAUUGAGCUGCUGAAGGGUGAUCCUGACACCUCAUGGUGGGAGGGAAAGCUGAUACAAACACAAAAGAGCGGCUUCUUUCCCAGUUCAUGUGUAAAACCAUGUUUGGACCCAAAGCCCUUCCAGUCGUUAUCAAGCCGGCAGUCCUCGAGAGAAUCAGACUACUAUGGAUAUCCUUGGUAA